AGAUACCCAUUAAUCGGAUUCGUCAAUCCAUUCCGACGCUACUCAUUUUCCCUCUGAAAACAAAGCUCUUCGAUUUGGUCCCCAACUUCGUGGCCAAACACAACCCUUCAUUCUCUACCCCCCCCCCAAAUUCCCUCUUCGUUCCCCCAACUUCCGCUGAUGAGCCUCUCCGUCUGACCCAUUAUAUCGAUCUAGAUUUCAACCAUAUUUGCUCAAGGCAGUUUGCAAAUGGCAAAAGGUAGCAAAGGACGACGUGGGAUCACUUUCCGGCCAACCCCAUACUCGUUUACCUCUUGUAAUCAUGACAUCUCUAAGGAUCUCUGUCCUAAAAAAUGUUCCGAAGCUUUGGAUAAGAAAGAUUGGGAAGAGACAACAUGUUCUAUUUGUAUGGAGUGCCCUCACAAUGCGGUUCUUCUUCUCUGCUCUUCCCAUGACAAUGGCUGCCGUCCUUACAUGUGUGGAACUAGCUUCCGAUACUCGAACUGCCUUGAUCAGUACGAGAAGUUCUACACUAAAGUAGUCUCAUCCAAUGAGGAUGAACCUUUGAUUAGUUCCUUUGAUAAUCAGGUUUUGGCUUCAGGUUCCAGUUUGCCUGUCGAGAAGCAUGGAGUAACGAAACUCGCAUGUCCACUUUGCAGGGGUCAGGUAAAAGGAUGGACUGUAGUGGAACCUGCAAGGGAAUAUUUAAAUGCCAAAAAGAGAAGCUGCAUGCAGGAUGACUGCAGCUUUGUUGGGACUUUUAAGGAAUUAAGGAAACACAUGAGAUCGGAUCAUCCAUGUGCUCGGCCACGAGAAGUGGACCCUGUUCUCAAACAGAAAUGGAGUAGGCUUGUACAUGAACGGGAGCAGGAGGAUGUGAUAAGCAUAAUAAGAUCAGCAAUACCAGGGGCAAUGGUUUUCGGUGAUUAUGUAAUAGAAGGAAAUCACCAUGGUUUUGGGACAGAUGAAGAUGAUGGUCUCGUUGCAGAUGCUGCCGAAAGGAAUGGAGGUUUCGAAGCAAGCUUAGAUAGAGAUUUCGUUUUUCUUCUGCUGCAUGCAUUGGGACCAUCCUGGAAUGACGUCGGUAGACAACCAACGCAGCCUACGCAUGCAGCAAAUGAGAUAUUACCUGUUGGUUUAUCUGAUCCAGGCGACUACAACUUUACUAGUGAUGACGACGAUGGAGUCAAUAUCUCUUUGGUUAGCCGCCUCCGUCGGAGAAGACGGAGUAGAAGAGAUGCCACCAGAGGUCAGAUAUAAGAUCGGUAGAAGUUAGUACACCUUCAAAGGAGAACAAACACAGGCAAGUAUCAUAUCAUCGAUAGUGUUAGGCUUACACUUUGAAGUUGCACUCAUUGAUCUUAACUUCUGUAUAUAGACUUUGUACUGUCAAUAAGGAACCUCUUGUCUUUCCAUAUGAUGGAUGGUCUUGUAAAGAAACAUUCCAAUGUGUAGUUGAUUGCUGAAUAUUUAUUUGUGAUUUAUACGGUUCAAAUACAUUAACAUGUGUAAUAUACGUAUAUUCCUAAAA